AUUUUCGUUUGUUUCUCUGAAGGUGAAGCUGUUCUUGAGAGAGAAUAUUCUAGAUUCAUAGGAAUGGGGAGCAACUCGAAAGGAAGAACAACGAUGGAGGUUGGAAGUGAUGGCGUAGCCAUCAUCACCAUCAUCAAUCCUCCCGUCAAUUCUCUCUCCGUUGACGUUCUAUUCAGUCUGAAAGAAAAUUAUGACCAAGCUUUACGCAGAGAUGAUGUGAAAGCAAUAGUUGUUACUGGUGCCAAAGGGAAGUUUUCAGGGGGUUUUGAUAUAACUGCUUUUGGAGGAUUGCAGGGAGGAAAAGCGAAGCCUAUGAAACCUGGAUGGGUAGCUGUAGAGAUCCUAACUGAUACCUUGGAAGCUGCAAGAAAACCUUCAGUUGCUGCAAUUGAUGGCCUUGCCCUAGGUGGGGGACUUGAGGUUGCCAUGGCUUGCCAUGCUCGAAUAGCUACUCCUAAUGCUCAACUAGGCCUACCUGAACUUCAGCUUGGAAUAAUUCCUGGAUUUGGAGGUACUCAGAGGCUUCCACGGCUUGUUGGUCUUGCCAAAUCACUUGAAAUGAUGCUGACGUCGAAGCCUGUCAAAGGGACGGAUGCUCAUAGUUUGGGUCUUGUAGACGCUAUAGUCUCUCCAGAGGAGUUGGUAAGUGUAGCUCGUCAAUGGGCCCUGGAUAUUGUGGAUCGCAAGAAACCAUGGCUUGCAAGUCUCAACAGAACUGACAAGAUAGAGCCCCUGGGUGAGGCAAAGGAAAUACUUAAAUUUGCAAGAGCUCAGUCCCGAAGACAAGCUCCUAAUCUUGAGCAUCCAAUAGCUUGCAUAGAUGUCAUAGAACAUGGUAUUGUCGCUGGUCCUCGAGCUGGACUUUGGAAGGAAGCUGAAGCUUUUGACAAAGUUCUAAAUUCAGAUACUUGCAAGGGCUUACUUCAUAUUUUCUUCGCUCAGCGUGGAACCUCAAAGGUUCCUGGUAUAACUGAUCGAGGCUUGGUACCAAGGCCAAUUAAAAAGGUUGCUGUCCUUGGUGGGGGUUUGAUGGGGUCCGGAAUAGCGACAGCAUUGAUUCUUUGCAACUAUCAUGUAAUCCUGAAAGAAGUGAAUGAGAACUUCCUACAAUCUGGUUUAGGAAGAGUGAAAGCCAAUUUGCAAAGCAGUGUAAAGAAAGGAAAAAUGAGUCAGGAGAAGUUUGAGAAAACCUUUACCCUAUUGAAGGGCACUUUGUCUUAUGACAGUUUCAGAGACGUGGACAUGGUCAUAGAGGCAGUAAUAGAAAAUGUCUCUCUAAAGCAACAAAUUUUUGCUGAUCUUGAGAAAUACUGCCCUCCACAUUGCAUUCUUGCAAGUAACACUUCAACAAUCGACUUGAAUCUUAUUGGGGAAAAAACCAAAUCCCAAGAUCGGAUCAUUGGAGCCCAUUUCUUCAGUCCAGCUCAUGUGAUGCCACUUCUAGAAAUUGUGCGUACUGAAAGAACAUCUGCACAACUUAUUGUUGACUUACUGGAUGUGGGAAAAAAGAUAAAGAAAACACCAGUGGUUGUUGGAAAUUGCACUGGAUUUGCUGUGAAUAGGAUAUUUUUCCCUUAUUCAAUGGCUGCACAUCUGCUUGUUGAACACGGUUCAAAUGUCUAUCAAAUUGACAAAGUCAUCACUAAGUUUGGUAUGCCUAUGGGCCCAUUCAGAUUGUGUGAUCUGGUUGGUUUUGGGGUGGCAACUGCAACUGGCUCGCAAUUUGUCACAAAUUUCCCUGAAAGAGUGUAUAAGUCGGCCCUCGUUACUCUCUUACAAGAGGAUAAAAGAGCAGGUGAGGCUACUCGUAAAGGGUUUUAUGUUUAUGAUGGGAAACGCAAGGCAAGUCCUGAUCCAGAAAUAAACAAGUUUGUUCAGAAAGCAAGGGAGAUUUCUGGGGCUAAAGUUGAUGCUAAGCUAACAAAGCUAUCAGAGAAAGAUAUUGUGGAGAUGAUAUUCUUCCCGGUUGUAAAUGAGGCUUGCCGAGUCCUUGAUGAAGGUAUUGCAGUUAAAGCAGCAGACAUUGACAUUGCUGGUGUUAUGGGAAUGGGCUUUCCAGCAUACAGGGGAGGGGUUUUGUUCUGGGCAGAUAGUCUUGGAUCAAAGUACAUCUGUUCGAGGUUGGAGGAAUGGUCGAAUACUUAUGGAGGAUUCUUCAAACCAUGCUCUUACUUGGCCCAAAGAGCUGCCAAAGGGGCUCCUCUGAGCUCACCAAUGGAGAAGGGGAAAUCUCGGCUAUAAUGAGGUG